UGGUCCUCGCGAAGGUACCACGGCUAUCGCGACAGGUGCCAUAGAUGUCUCAGAGCUCGAAGAUCGAGACUCUCCGCGCGUCCCACAUAGACGAAACCCUUCCUCCGGAUCGGACAGCCGGUCUUCACGUCUCCAAGCAUUGUUCGCUCGCCGAAGAUGCGCGAGCAUGGUAGAGAAAACGCGGCGUUCGUGGGAGACGAUGGCCUCGCGGCGUCCAAUUUCCAGAAACGGGACGAGAACGGCGUCACGCGGAAGGUGCACGGGAACAAAGAUACCUUCAAUUUCCAAUAUGGGGAGUACGAUUGCGGCCAGGACGAUCGCAAAUCGCCGGUCUCUCUGUCGGUCCCGGAAGAAAUGACCAUCGCGGAGAACGGCAAGGAGAGAGCAACGUGGAACAACGGCGUAGAAUUUUUAAUGUCCUGCAUCGCUAUGUCGAUCGGUCUGGGGAACGUUUGGAGGUUCCCGUUCACGGCCUACGAAAACGGCGGCGGUGUUUUCCUGAUACCGUACAUCAUCGUUCUCUUCAUCGUCGGCAAGCCUUUCUAUUAUCUGGAGAUGAUAAUGGGACAGUUUUGCAGCAGGUCAUCGGUGAAAAUGUGGGCGGCAGUACCAGGAUUUCGUGGCGUUGGCUGGGCCCAAAUGUUCUCAAUGCUCGCCGUGGGUACUUACUAUUGCUCUCUGAUGUCUGUCACUCUCUUCUAUUUAUUCGCAAGCUUCCAAUCGAUACUUCCUUGGUCCACGUGCCUCGAACAGUGGGGAGACAACUGCGUUGAUUCAGGAAAAUCCGAGAAUGCCACUAAACGGAACGGUACGAGCAUGGUUAGUUCCGCGGAACUCUAUUUUCGGAGAAUAGUGUUGAAAGAGAAGCAGAGCAUCGACGAUGGUAUCGGCGCACCGGAUUGGAAGCUGACGGUCUGCCUGUUAAUCUCGUGGCUCUGCAUAUUCGGCGUUCUAGCGCGCGGAGUGAAGACUUCGGGAAAAGCGGCGUAUUUUCUCGCCAUUUUUCCGUAUGUGGUCAUGAUCAGUUUACUGGUCCGAGCUGUAACCCUCGAGGGAGCCGUGAAUGGAAUCAUUUUCUUCAUCAAGCCGGAUUGGUCGAAGCUGUUCGACGCGAACGUUUGGUACGCUGCCGUCACCCAGUGUUUCUUCUCGUUGUCGGUGUGCUUCGGCGGUGUCGUCAUGUACUCCUCCUACAACAAUUUCAGGCACAACAUAUACAGGGACGUAAUAGUGGUGACCACAUUGGACACGUUCACCAGCCUGAUGGCAGGCUUCACGAUUUUCGGUAUACUGGGUAACCUGGCCCACGAACUGGGCACGGAAGACAUCGGCAACGUCGUUCGCGGUGGGACCGGUCUCGCUUUUGUCUCUUACCCCGACGCUAUCGCGAAAUUCAACGUUCUACCUCAGCUCUUUUCCGUGUUGUUCUUCUUGAUGCUCUACGUCCUCGGCAUUGGAAGCGCCAUCGCUAUCGCGGGGGCCGUUAUCACGAUCAUAAGCGAUCAAUUUCCACACUGGAAGUACUUUUACAUAGUGGCUGGUACCGUUUCCGGGGGAUUUCUCGCUGGAACCAUUUAUUGUACACCUGGCGGACAAUUCAUCUUGGAACUAGUCGAUUACUAUGGCGGCUCUUUCAUCAUCUUCAUAUUAGCCACUCUCGAGAUUACUGGUAUCUUCUGGGUGUACGGCUUGGAAAAUUUCGUAGACGAUGUGGAGUACAUGUUGAGAAGAAGACCGUCCAUGUAUUGGAGGCUGUGUUGGGCCGUCAUCACUCCUGUUUUGCUGGCUGUGAUCUUAGUUUACACGUUGGUCACUCUGACGCCUGUUACUUACAGCGGUAUUUCGUAUCCUAAGAGUGCACACGCUGCUGGAUGGACUCUUUGCGUGUUUGGGGCACUGCAAGUUCCUUUCUGGUUCAUCUAUACCGUAAUGUCCAAUAAAGGAUCGAAGCUAGUUGAGAGGAUCGGGUCGGCUUUCAGUCCGUCCUCGGAUUGGGGACCCAAGAACGCCGCGGAGCUGGCCUCCUGGCGCGAAUUUAAGGAAACUAAACGGAAAAUCCGCGAGAAACGAGAGUGCUCGAGAUUUAAGCAGUUCAUUUACGUGGCACUCUGCAUGGAGGAUAAACUCGCGUGAUAUGGCAGUCUUAAAAGCCAUCGGCGUAUCUUUUUCACGAAGAUUUUUUCUAUUUUUUACGAAGUAGUUUUGUACCUUUAGACUGAAAGAAGCACUCUCGAAGAAGAUGGACGCCUUUGAGCAUCGGAGCGUUCACUUUACCGAGUACUUAAGAAACUGACGAGCCUCUGGAAGGACGGAAAUAGUUGCCAGACGUCCAUCGUCUUCGUUAUGUGUCGAUCGACGAGCACGACGGAUCACAGUAUUUAUUUGCAAGCCAAUGAACUGUGUUGCUACAUAGUUUCUGUGACUUCUAUCGAAGCAAGAACGUAUUUAUAAAGCAAAUAAAUUCACGCAUUUAUUUAUCUACAUUGCUAUUCGUUUUUGUACUACCAGUCGAUUUCGCACAGCUGCAAAUCUUAAAUAGAUUCGGAAGUUCAAUGGUGAUCAAUAAAGUCCUCAUCAUUCUCAAAUUCUUUUUCUUCUUCUUCUUCUUCUUCUCCUUCUUCUUCUUCUUCGUGUGCGCUAGUGAUUAACUUCUCCUUCACUUC